CCAAUUCUCGUUGUCAAAUCCAUGCACAGCCCACAUUCCCCGCAUCGUUUCCCAAUGCUCCAGGGAUGAUUUUCCCGCAUGCAAUCCUCAGCAGGAGCCCAUGGGUGUCGGGGUGAGAUCCCGCUCUGCCCGUCCCCGUCCUGCCCCGAUCCGGGGGAGGAGCCGGAUCCCUUGUCCCAACGCGGGGGAGCCGCCCAGCCCGGAACCCGGCACCUGAACGCCGAGGCGGCCGGCAGGGCGGCCACCAUGAGCCAGCUGAAGUCGGCCUUCCGCCGGAGCAUCAGGCGGCUGACCUGGCACGCCGGCCAGCAGCGCCCCAGACUCAGUAUCGAAAGGAGCAUCUCUGAGAAAGAAGGGAAGCCAGAAAAAGAUUUGUCCCGGUAUUCCGGUCAGUUCUUCUUUGAAUACCUGGUGGUUGUCUCGCUAAAGAAGACUGGAGAAGUGUAUGAGCCACAGAUCGCUUACCAGUUUCCAAAGAGGGAGAAUCUGAUUCGUUCUCAGAAGGAGGAGGAGGAAAGCUUACUCAAGGCAAUUCCACUGUUUUGCUUCCCCGACGGCAACACCUGGGCCCCACUCACCGAGUAUGAGAGCGAAACCUUCUCCUUUGUCCUGACUAACGUGGACGGCAGCAGAAAGUUCGGGUACUGCCGACGUCUCCUGCCCCGAGGGGGAGGAGCUCAGCUGCCGGAGGUUUUCUGCAUCAUCAGCUGCCUGGGCUGUUUCGGCCUCUUCUCCAAGAUCCUGGAUGAGGUGGAGAAGCGGAGGCAGAUCUGCAUGGCUGUGAUUUACCCCUUCAUGCAGGGGCUCCGGGAAGCCGCAUUCCCAGCCCCAGGAAAGACUGUCUGUGUGAAGAGCUUCAUCCCAGAAUCGGGAACAGAGAUCAUUGAACUGACCCGGCCCUCAGAUUCCCGCCUCGAGCAUGUGGACUUUGCUUCGCUCUUCAAAUAUCUAUCAGAGAAGCACAUCAUUGACAUCUUUGCAUCGAUGCUGCUGGAGAGGAGGGUGAUAUUUCUGGCCGAGGAACUCAGCACCCUGUCUCAGUGCAUCCACGGACUGGCCGCGCUGCUCUACCCCUUCACCUGGCAGCACACUUACAUCCCCGUGUUGCCCAAGGUGAUGCUGGACACCGUCUGCUCCCCCACCCCUUUCAUGGUGGGAGUGCAGAGGCAGUUCCUGGAAGAGGUGCAGGAGCUGCCCAUCGAGGAGGGUUUAAUGGUGGACCUGCACACAGGGGCGUUCCUGAAAAAAGUUGGAGAUGAGCACGAAGUUCUGCCCAACAAACUGUACAAGGAGCUCCUGACCACCCUGCAGAACCAAAGGAAGACCUGCCAGUCCAGCAAAGAGCUGAAUGAAUUGGUGACAAACACCUUUGUGCUUUUCUUUGUUAAAAUCGUCGGCCACUAUUCUGCACACCUCAAGCGAAACAGGGACCGCACCAUUUUUCAAGAGAAGGAUUUCCAGAAAUCCGUCACGUCCAAAUCCAUACGGAGAUUCCUCAAGGUCUUCAUGGUGACCCAGAUGUUCUCGUUGUUUGUUGAGGAGCUUCAGGGACACCCUUUCGCUGAGGAAGGGUUUUUUGAACAGAAGAUAAAAGAAUACAAUGAGAACAAAAAGAAGGUGAAAUAAGUCUCGUAUCCGACAGAGCAGAUGACAUCUGGUGGGCCGUCCGAUGUUGGUCUCUGACCUCUGCCUGUAACUGAAAGAUCAGGUCCAGCAACACUGAGGGAAUUGGUGUUGAAACAAGGAGGCAGAGCCUCAAAAGGUGACUUGUAAAUAUUAAUGCCUGUAUUUAACUGGGAAUAUUUUCAGGAAGAACUGUGAGGAAAGGAAGAUGUGGUAUUGGGGAGGACUUUAAAUACCAUUGGCAGUGGUGGUUGUCCGCUGUCCUCAGACUUCUUGCGGAACUGGAAUCAACGACAGCUGUACGUAGACUAAGCGCUGGAUUCUCCCUGCAUGCUCCUGUUUACCGUGCCUGCUCCAAUCCUGAGCCAACCUCUGGACUUGAUGAGCUGGAGCAAGUAUCAUCUUCUAGGAAAACCAGGGUCCUGUUCAGACACCACACUGCAGGAGCUGAGCAGCAUACUCUUGGAAAGUGGUACAGCACAGCAUGGCACCAGGCCCUUCAGCCCACCCUCACCAUGCUGACCCAUCCACACCAGUCCCAUUUGCCAACACUGGUCUGCAGCCUGCUCUGCCUUGGCGAUCCCUGUGCUCACCUUGACACAACUUAAACGUUGUGGGUGUACCUUCCUCCUGCACCCCCUCAGAUAGUGCAUUCCAGAGUCCAAGCACCCUCUGAGUGAGGAAAAAAUCUUCCUCCCAUCCGCUCGAAAUCUCUUCCCCUUUUCCUGAAACCAACGGCCCUUAGAUUCAGACAUCUUUGCAACGGGGGAUUUUAUCUUAACCUUCUAUCCUUCCUGUGCGCCUCAUAACUUUACUGUCAGGUAACCCCCUAUCGCUCCAAGGGAAGCCAGCCCAGUUUGUCCUCAUAACCAAAACCCUCCAUCCCAGGCAACAUCCUCUGCACCCUCUCCGGUACGGACACGUCCGAAGGCAGAAGCUUGGAAGACGGACAGUGUGAGGAUCUCCAAAAGUUCUGUGGUUCAGCUGGAAAACCGCAACACCCCAACACAAAAUCCCACCCUUUCUGCCCCAGCACCACUUACCCAGAAGCCUGGGGAGCUGCCUUUUAAAUGUUAGUUCCUCCCCAUUUGCACUGUGGUGUCACUCACACCUCCCUCAGAGACUUCAAUCCGAGCUGCCACUCCAGUGCGGUACUGGCAGAGUACAGCACUGCUGGGGGUGACAUCCCCCCAGGGAUGAGGCAUUACACCCUGCUCACCUCCGCGAGCACCUGCCAGUGGGAUCCAUGAUCCAUGCACUAAUGCUUUUACACAGCACAGGGCGAAAACCACUAAUAUUUUUUUCUCAAAAGUCAAAAAUUGUGCGGGUGCUGGAAAUCUGAAAUAAAAACUGAAAAUGCUGGAAAGACUCAGCAGGUCAGGCAGCACCUGUGGGGGGGGGGGGGGGUGGGGGGGGGAGUGGUGGAGAGAGAGAGAGAAACAGUUCACGUUUCAGGUUCAGGACCUUUCCUCAGAACCGGGCAGAGAAAGUGGGGGAGGAGAGAUGUGUGGAACAAGGCAAAUAUCUCAACUAAUGUGGCAGUUAAGGGGCAAUUAAAUCAGGUUCAACUUCUUUUUGUGUGUUUUACUGUGUUGUUAAUGUGGGGCUGGGGCCUCUAUUAAGAAAUUUGGGAAUAUUUUUAUUCCAUUCAUAAUUUUGUUUAACAUACGAGUGCUAACUCCAUUUAGCACACCGAUAUUGAGUGAACUAUUUCUCGGAGAACACCUCAUUGUCAGAAUGGUGAGAUGCAGUUUGAGAUGUCCCAGGGUGGGAAAAGGCGCUAUUUCAAUACAAAUCUUUCCUGAGCCACCUGAUGCAGGUGGGAAUUGGAGCACGAGCCAGAAUGUCUCGAGCCUGAAGCCUGGUCCUUGCAGUUUUGUUGAAAUGGUGACCUCGCAGUUUUGUUGCUGCUGAUGCCUUGUGGUGAUAUUUCCUCAAAUUCCAAAAAUGCUGUGAUUUUUUUAAUUAUUAUAUAUAAAUAAUGAGACUGUUUUAGUUGUACAAUCAACAUUGACUUGUUUUCAGAGUAUAAUAUGAAUUUUUUAUUAAUUCAUGAUACACUGGUUUGUACAUAUUUGUAAAGAGAAUUACAGAUGGAGAUUUGAAAUAAAAGGCUUGAUUCAAACAUCACGGCAUAUUUUUGUU